AUGGGUGCAAUGCAUGCCGACAUAGACAUGGCUUAUCAAGUAUCAGAAGGCGGAAAGUCCGAUGCAACGAGCGACGGCCAAGAUGUGCUCAUUGUGAGCGUCUAA